AUGAAGAAGAGGUACAGAAAUGGGGAAAUAUGGGAUUUCGAACAUGAAAUUGGGUUGUUGAGGAACAGGGAUGUCAUUUUAGGAUUGGAUGGCGGGACUACAUCCACUGUCUGCAUUUGCAUGCCAAAUUUACCCUUUUCUGAUCCUUUUCCUGACCCUCUUCCCGUCCUUGCUCGCGCCGUCGCCGGUUGUUCCAACCACAAUAGCGUUGGCGAAACUGCUGCUAGAGAGACGCUGGAGCAAGUUAUGGCAGAUGCUCUUUUAAAGUCGGGCUCCAAUCGCUCUGCGGUUAGAGCUGUUUGUCUAGCUGUUUCUGGCGUUAAUCAUUCAACUGAUGAGCUAAGAAUUAUGAAUUGGCUUAGGGAAAUAUUCCCUACUCAUGUGAAGCUGUAUGUUCAAAAUGAUGCUGUUGCCGCUUUGGCAAGUGGCACAAUGGGGAAGCUCCAUGGAUGUGUUUUAAUUGCUGGGACAGGAACUAUUGCUUAUGGAUUCAUGGAAGAUGGUAGACAGGCUCGAGCUGCUGGUGCUGGACCUGUCCUUGGUGAUUGGGGGAGUGGAUAUGGAAUAGCUGCCCAGGCAUUAACAGCAAUAAUUAGGGCUUAUGAUGGUCGUGGUCCUGUAACAAUUCUUUCAUCUAAUAUUUUGCAGACACUUGAUCUUUCUUCCCCUGAUGAACUUAUUGGGUGGACUUAUGCAGAUCCAUCUUGGGCUCGCAUUGCAGCUCUUGUUCCAGUCGUUGUGUCUUGUGCAGAGGCAGGAGACCAAGUUGCUUGUGAGAUUUUGCAAGAUUCAGUUGAGGAGUUGGCUUUGAGCGUAAAAGCUGUUGUUCAAAGACUUGGCUUGUGUGGUGAAGGUGUGACAUUUGGCAAUAUAACGUUUGAUUCUCCCAUAGUGCCUGCUUUGUUUAUCCUUACAUGGACCAUGUAUAUUGCCUUCAGAUGGAAAAGCUUUUUUCCCCUUGUCAUGGUUGGCGGUGUUCUCGAAGCAAAUGAGAGGUGGGAUAUAGGAAAAGAAGUUGUAAACCACAUUUCUAAAAGCUAUCCUGGGGUUCUUCCAAUUCGCCCAAAGGUGGAGCCUGCAGUAGGCGCAGCAUUGUUAGGAUGGAAUUUCUUCAUGAAAGAAUCUCGCAAGGAGGCCUACAAAAGAUGA